CAGGCCGGCGCGGAGCGCACAGCCACCGCCUCCUUGCCUCUCCAAACUCCCAGCCAAGGCGCGCGGUGGCGUCCUCGCGCUCUCGCUCGCGCCCCCGCCCGUCGCCCGCCCAAGCCAGGCAUGAAUGCUGAGACUUGCGUCUCUUACUGCGAGUCGCCGGCUGCUGCCAUGGACGCCUACUACAGCCCGGUGUCGCAGAGCCGGGAGGGCUCGUCGCCUUUUAGGGCAUACCCCGGCGGUGAUAAGUUCAGCACAACUUUCCUGUCGGCUGCCGCCAAAGGGCAGGGAUUCGGGGACGCCAAGAGCCGCGCCCGCUACGGCGCGGGGCAGCAGGACCUGGCGGCACCCCUGGAGAGUGGCGCCGGAGCGCGGGGCUCUUUUAACAAGUUCCAGCCCCAGUCGCCGGCACCGCAGCCGCCGCCGCCGCAGCCGCAGCCGCCGCCGCAGCCACCCGCGCAGCAACCGCAUCUCUACUUGCAGCGAGGCGCCUGCAAGACGCCCCCGGACGGCAGCCUCAAACUCCAGGAAGGCGGCGGCGGCCACAACGCGGCCUUGCAGGUCCCCUGCUACGCCAAAGAGAGCUCCCUGGGUGAGCCAGAGUUGCCGCCCGACUCUGACACCGUGGGGAUGGACAGCAGCUACCUCAGCGUGAAGGAGGCUGGGGUGAAGGGGCCCCAGGACCGGGCCAGCGCCGACCUCCCCAGCCCACUGGAGAAGGCGGACUCCGAGAGCAACAAGGGCAAGAAGCGGCGGAACCGAACGACCUUCACCAGCUACCAGCUGGAGGAGCUGGAGAAAGUCUUCCAGAAGACCCACUACCCCGACGUGUACGCGCGGGAGCAGCUGGCCAUGAGGACCGACCUCACCGAGGCCCGCGUGCAGGUCUGGUUCCAGAACCGGAGGGCCAAGUGGAGGAAGAGGGAGCGUUUUGGGCAGAUGCAGCAGGUUCGAACCCACUUCUCCACGGCCUACGAGCUGCCCCUCCUCACCCGAGCAGAGAACUAUGCCCAGAUUCAGAACCCGUCCUGGAUCAGCAACAACGGGGCUGCCUCACCAGUGCCAGCGUGCGUGGUCCCCUGUGACCCUGUGCCCGCCUGCAUGUCCCCUCACGCUCACCCCCCCGGCUCCGGGGCCAGCGGCGUCACCGACUUCCUGGGUGUCUCUGGGGCUGGCAGCCACGUGGGCCAGACGCACAUGGGCAGCCUGUUUGGAGCCGCGGGCCUCAACCCGGGCCUCAACGGCUACGAGCUCAACGGUGAGCCAGACCGCAAGACGUCGAGCAUCGCGGCCCUCCGCAUGAAGGCCAAGGAGCACAGCGCGGCCAUCUCCUGGGCCACAUGACAGAGCACCCCCGUCCCAUCCCCGUGCCCUCCCCCAUCUCGGGGCACUGGCCACGCCCAUGCUUCCCAGGCCCCCAGCCCCCCAUUCGACUUUCCUCUUAGGAACCUGGCCCGGGGCCGGGGGCCUGACCCUCAGCACUUUCCGCCGCUCCAAGUCUGAGGCCCCGUGGACUGUUGGGAGGGAGGGGGCAGCAGACACUGAGGCCGAGCCCCCUGCUUCCGGCCAGAGGCAGUGGAGGAAGCCAGGCGGCCGAGUUUUGCAGCUUUGCAUCCAUUAUAAGCUGAAGACCCUUUCUCCCCACUCCUGCUCCUCUGCCCUGCCCAGUUUGACCGUUGAGUCGAGGAUAGACUCCCAUGCAGACCCAGCAGUGGCCACAGUGCAGUCAUGUCCGUCCUUCCCUCUGCUGUGUGGUCCCUUGGUCACCAGGCCAAUGACUGUGUCUGAAGAACAGGCUGCCCUGCAGAGGCGGCCUCGGCCUUCCCAUCUCCUUUUCUCUCCCUAAAAGCCCACAGAAUCCCACCCCCUGGACCCAAGGCACCCGCCUUGCCUUCACCCUGGAUGGCGAGGAGUCCCCGUCCUGCUGUCCCCUGUGCUGGGCACACCCGGUGGGAUUGGGCAGAGAGAGAGAGACGAGCUGGAGCUGAAGGAUCCUGCUGCCACCCAGCAACGCUGGCCCCCGAGGAUGCACAGCCGCCCUCGCACCCCGAGACCCUGGAUGUGGGUGAACAGUGCAAGGGAGGAUGCAGACCACCCACGGUACCCAUGAAGCUGGAAGGAAGCUUCUAGGAGCAGGGAGGGCUGCAGGGAGGUGUCCAGGGGAGUGGGGGCAGGGGCUCGUGCACACAGGUCCGCUCUCCGGCCACCUGACAUCCCGCUGCAGGCAGGAUGACGGCGACAGUGGGCAGGUCUGGGUAGCUUUUUCUCCAUCCAUUCGAGCCCCUCCAGGAGGAUCUGGAGGUGCUUGUCCCUCCCCAUGUCCCAUUCUGGUCACUCACUGGGGCUGCUGAGCAGUGUCCUGGUGUGGAAGAACUUACACCUCAGACACACCAGCUAAGCCGGCGGGCACGGUGGCAGAGGACCAAGAGCAGCUGCAGGACCUGCCAGAGGAUGAGUGCACGCUCACUCGGGCUCCAAGUGGCAGGCCAGCCCCUACAUGGCCUUAGGUGGCCCUCAGCGGUCUCCAGCGCCACCCCUGCCCAGGGCCUUCCACUCAGGCGGAGGCUCUGUGUUCCUCUGGCCAUAGGGCAGAGAGCGCCUGCCCUUGCACUUCUGCCCUAGGGGAUGGGAGACCCCAGCCCCUCGCCCUGGCCUCCGGAAGGGCUCGUGGGGCUGAGCUCCUCUGGGUCCCUUGCUCUGUUCCAGACACAGAGGUCAGGAUGCUCUCUGGAAGCAGAUUUCCCCGCCUGCAGGGAGGGGCCUCCUUCUGCAGGGGUGCCACCUCUGCCGAUAUGAGGCCUGCAGCUUGAGUUUAGGCUCCAGGGCCCAGCCGUCACCUAAGCUCGGGGCACAGGGUACCUGUCCUCCAAAGCAGGCCUUUCAGAGCCCUGGGAAGCCCCCUGGCAGGUAGCCCCUGGGGAGAAGGGCCUGCCUUUUCUCCUUUCUACCCCGAUUCUGUCAGUGAGGAGGGCCAGGUCCACCAGGCCCAGAGGCCUGGACACAGGACAGCCUCUUGGGUGGUGGGCAGGGAGGAGUGAGACCCUCCCCCUUGAGCUGCUUAGGUUUUCGGGGACAUCGUGGUCUCCACCUCUGUCUCACGUUCUCAUGUGCUCCAGAAACAAGACUGGGGAAGGAGCUGGUUUUGACUUCCCAUAACAAGAGUCAGACCUCUUUGUGAACCGUAGCUCUAGAGUUGACCUUCUAGAAGCGAAAGGGGUCUUGGAUAUUGAAUUAAAUGUUCUUAGAGGCUUGGCUUUAGUGUUUUGUACAUUUGAGGAUCUUGGACUGACUCUUAGGAAGCCUUUUCCAGUUCUGAGGUUGGCGGAAACAACUCAAACUCCCAGAAUCUAGAAAGAGGAAGGAAGAAAUGGCCUUAGGCUGGAGACAAUCCCCCAGUUCCUCCUUAAAUGCCCUACUGGCUGGGAAGGACAUGAGAGGGACUUUCACCAGGGGUAUGUGCUCCCCUGGGAGAGAAUCAGACAGAGAGAAAGAACUAGGAUAGCCGCAGAGGAGGAGGGAAGGGAGAAGGUGGGCCCUAAGUGGAAUCUUCUGGAAGGGACCCCGGGCAUCAAUUCCUCUCUGUGUCUGCUUUCUGCCUGGGCCAGACCUAAGUCAGGCAACCCAAAGCUUGAGAAGAAAAAGCUUCCGAUAGAAGAAGGCUGUGUGUCUCUGGCUGUCUGUCCCACCAACACAGUCAAGUAUCUAGGAUUAAAAUGUUGGUGUAAAAUGUCCCUAUGCAUCUCCCCACAGGUAGCUUCCCAGCCCCAGGCCUGUCCUCACCCUGUCCCAGCCCUCAAGGGCCUGCCUGACUCUCCGAGAAUCCCAGAAUCGCCCAGUGGGGAGGCAUUAGAAACCCUCUAGUUAGCCCAAUCCCUUCACAGUGGAGAUGACCCUGGCCCCCAGGGGGGGACAUGGCCACCCUGAGCCGUGUUUCACCUGAGGCAGAGCUGAGCGAGGGGCUCUGAUGGCCGGUGCUGCGCAGAGCUCCCCUGGUCAGGAGGCUGGGCCCAGGCCUUCUGCCUUGUCAGCUGCUGGGGCGGGAGGUGCCCCUGCAGCCUCUCCCGUGAUGACUAAGCAAGCUUGGGCGACUCUCUGGGGCUGGCGGCGUCCUCAGGAGUGAGGUUUCAUGAAGGCAGGUGCAGAGGAGAGUGGACCCUCUCUGGGGGUCACUGCUAAGCCAGUAAGCUAAAAGAGGUGGGGUUUUCUUUGCUAUUUGCCUAAGAUCUCAACAGAGAUGGCCACGCAAGCCGGAAGUGAUGGGUGGCUGGCAGGCCCAUGGGCAGCCUUCCCACACUGCCAGCCUCUGAUCCCUGCUGGGAACCAGUCUCGGCAGCCAAGGCCUGACACUACUAAGCUGCUGCUACCACCCUCAGAUGCCCUCACUGCUCCCAGGGCAUGGGAGGAGAGGGCUCUGGGGACACACAGAGAGGCUUGUCCCCAAGUCUUCAACGGCACUUGGAAGACAUGAGCUUUGGAACUUUCCUUGAAUUCGUUCAACUAUACUUGAUUCUCAGCUCUCACCACCAUGCCUCCAGCUUGGGGAAGCAUGGUGGCCAAGUUAGUUCAAAGACACUGCAAGGGGGUGGGGUAGCAAUCGUGAGGUGGGUUCCCAGCGCCCAUGGCUGCAGCCACACUGGGCCCAGUGACAGUGUCCCCUCUGCCCUCAUUCCCGCUGGGUGGACAAGAGGAACUCUUCCAGGAAAAACCACCACAAAUCCCGCUUCCGCAGCCAUUCCCUCUCAGGGCUGGACGCUCUGGGGCUUUGGGUCUGCGUGAUGGCCUGUCAGGUGCCAAAGCAAACAGGCCUAGCGGGAGUGAGGAUGGCUGGCAACCAGGCCCCCAGGGUAAUAAUCCGUGAUCAUGAAAGAGGAAAACGAGAAGACAACAAACACUCAACUUCUCAAAGUCACUGGGAGCCCACGAGACUUCCCUGAGGAUGCUGGAGGGAGGGGAAGGUGUUCCAGUGAACAAAACAUUACCUGCCCUUGCCCCGCCCCUUCUUCCCCUUCACAUACAUACAUAGAGCUAGGCCUUUAUACUACUGAUUUUGAAGGACAGUUUUCAAUGUCUAAUAGUCUGUUUGGUGUGCAGUGGUUGAAAAGAGAGCUGAGUGCUGGAAGGAACAUGAACCUCAAUCAAUACUGACUGUUCUCCUUGUAAGAUACCAUAACCCUGUAUAAAUGCAACUUUUCUUUUAGCUUGAUGGCCUGGGGUGGAAUAUUAAAAAUAUAUAUGAAAAAGACAUUAAAACUUCAGAAAAAUGUAUAAAAAAAUGAGGUCGGUUCCAUAAAAUUUUACUGCCUAUACCACCAUGUAACUACAUUAUAGCAAAAAUAUUAAAAGAAACGUUCUUGCCUUUUAAAGUAAGUUAUUGCACUUACAUCUUUGGGGGAGGGGAGGACUGUUGAUGAGAAGAGGACGUAGGGGCCCAGGCACGGGGCCAAAUGGAGCACUGAUGCCGCUGCGCGCGCCCAGCGCACCGUUGGCUGGGCACAGCCCAAACUGUCUGUUUGGUUGUUGUUUGCAAUAAACUCCUUCUCCUUCCUCCUC